AUGUCUUACAACAAGGAGACCACCUUUGCCGCCGACGCCGUUCUCUUUGAUAUGGACGGUACUUUAACCGAUUCCAUCGCCGCCGUCGAGGCGGCAUGGGGCAAGGUCGCAAAAGACCUCGGGCUGAACCCGGCGUAUGUCAUCGCUGCUACCCACGGCAAGCGCGCCGUGGACAACCUCGCCCAAUUCAAGCCGCAUAUCAAGGUGCACGAGAUGGACGCCGAGGUUCAGUCGUUCGAGGAGUCGAUCCUGUUCUUCGCGGAUGCCUUCACCAAGCACGGACCCGGCUCCCGCGAGGUCUCACCACUCUCCUCUGGGGCCGCAACCCCGUCCCUCGCGUCGUCGUCGUCGUCGUCGUCGAGCACCAGCUCGUCGGGCUCCGGGGUUGUGUCGCCGUGUUCGGCUUCGCUCUCCACAGCGGAUUACACUCAUCGCCCGUCCUUCGUCCGUCACAUUACCAACCGCCUUGCGCUCAUCACGGCUGAAGGCGCGACAUACGAGCACGAGGAGAACGAGGGGCCCAUGAUUGACUGGAGAAUGGAGCUCGAGCAGAAGCACAUCUUUGAGGCGUGGCAGGUCGAGGCCGCCGCCGUCGACCGCUCGGUGCGCAUUCUCCCUGGCGUAAAGAAGCUCAUGGACUCGAUCCCUGAGAGUCGUUACGCCGUUGCCACCUCGGGUGCAAAGAAUUAUGCUUACGGCUGUAUGACGCGCGUCGGUAUCACACCUCCCAAGGUGACCAUCACCGCCGACGACAAGCGUCUCAAGGCCGGGAAGCCUGCACCCGACCCGUUCCUCCUCGCCGCGAAGGAGCUUGGGUUCGAUGCGAAGCGUUGCGUCGUCUUCGAGGACUCGCCGUCUGGCAUCCGUGCCGGUGUCGCCUCCGGAGCGACGGUCAUCGCCGUUUGCACGAGCCACGAGAGAUCGAAGAUCGAGAACUGCGGUGCGCACUUCAUCGUAGACACGAUGGAGCAGGUGCGCAUCGUCGUUGAUAGGGACGGGCUGAAGUUUGUCGUGUCGGAGAGGCAGUAA